UCCGGAGAGCUGCAGCGGUGCUGGAAUUGGAGCCGCAUACGGGGAGGGACAGAGAGGACGAGAAACAGGGACCCCAUCCCGCCUCCUCCUUUGCGCGAAGCAUGAUGUGUUAAUCCUGAUGCCUUGAUGUUAUACAAUGCCUGAUCAGCACAAGAAGGUGAAGACCACAGAAAAGGCAACAGAUACCAAACCUCAAGGGGAUUACUCUGACCUUAAAAGGCUUCUGGCACUACUAAAUGUCCAGUCAAGCAAACAACAGCUGCCGGCCCUUAACUUUGAAAGUGCUAAUAACAGCAUGACCAAGUCUGAACAAUACUCCAGCAAUCCUUGUGGAGAGAGAUGUAGAGGUCAAUGGCAAGAAUCAACUGAGGCUGUUGAACUUGAACACUUUAGUAUGAAUUACAAGAAUGAGAGAAAUUUUAGCCAACAUCCACAGCACAAAUUGUUUCAAGAUAUCUUCACAGCUUUGGUAAAGAACCGGCUUAUUUGCAGGGAAUGGGCUAGCCGAGCUUCAUCUGUCCACUUUCUGAGAGUUUUAACCUGUAUAAGGUUAUUAAUGAGAGAUCCUUGCUAUCAGGAAGUUCUCCACAACCUGGGUGGGAUUGACAGCUUAGCACAGUAUAUGGAAAGAGUAGCAAACGACUAUCUUUGCUAUGGAGAAGACAACCAUAAUAUAGACAAAUUGGUCAACAUGACGUAUAUUUUUCAAAAGCUAUCAGCUGUUAAAGAUCAAAGAGAAUGGGUAACAGCCAGUGGAGCACAUAAAACUUUGAUCAAUCUACUUGGAGCUAGAGAAAAUAAUGUACUGCUAGGUGCAUUGCUUGCUCUCACGAGCUUGGCAGAAAGCCCUGGAUGCCGAGAGAAGAUAAGUGAGCUCAGUGUUGUGGAGAAUUUGUUGGUGAUAUUGCAUGAAUAUGACUUGCUCUCUAAAAGGCUGACAGCAGAGUUGCUCCGCCUCCUCUGUGCAGAAUCUCAUGUCAAAGAGCAAGUCAAAAUAUGUGAAGGAGUCCCCGUCCUGCUCAGCUUGCUGCAUUCAGAUCACCUGAAACUGCUGUGGAGUGUAGUUUGGAUUCUGGUCCAAGUUUGCGAAGAUCCAGAUACCAGUGUGGAAAUCCGUAUUUGGGGCGGUAUCAAGCAGCUCCUUCAUAUUUUACAAGGGGAGCGAAAUCUAUUUUCAGAUCGUUCUUCCAUUGGGAGUUUAUCUAGUGCAAAUGCAGCAGGAAGAAUCCAACAGCUUCAUUUGUCAGAAGAUUUAAGUCCUCAUGAGAUACAAGAAAAUACAUAUUCCCUCCAAGCAGCUUGUUGUGCUGCAAUUACUGAAUUGGUCCUGAAUGAUACUAAUGCUCACCAAGUAGUUCAGGAAAAUGGAGUUUAUACAAUAGCAAAGCUGAUUUUACCUAAUAAAUACAGGAAUGUGGCAAAGGCUAAUUUAUUACAGUGUUAUGCCUUCAGAGCUCUGAGAUUUCUUUUCAGUAUGGAAAGGAACAGACAUCUCUUCAAAAGACUCUUCCCUACAGAGUUGUUUGAGAGUUUCAUUGAUAUUGGACAUUAUGUUCGUGAGAUCAGUGCUUAUGAAGGGCUAGUAUUGAAGCUAAAUGCAUUACUGGAGGAUGAAGUUAAGCAAAUUGCUGAAAAUAUUGAAGAUAUUAAUCAGAACAAAGCACCUACAAAAUACAUUGGUAAUUAUGCAAUAUUGGACCAUCUUGGCAGUGGAGCCUUUGGAAGUGUUUACAAGGUUAGGAAACAUAGUGGCCAAAACCUUCUCGCAAUGAAAGAAAUUAAUCUACAUAAUCCAGCAUUUGGAAAAGAUAAAAAGGACAGAGACAGCAGUGUGAAGAACAUUGUCUCUGAAUUAACCAUAAUUAAAGAACAGCUUUAUCAUCCUAAUGUCGUACGAUAUUACAGAACCUUCUUAGAAAAUGACAGACUGUACAUAGUCAUGGAGCUCAUAGAAGGAGCAUCGCUGGGAGAACAUUUUCAUUCUCUGAAAGAAAAGCAACAACAGUUUACAGAAGAGAGAAUAUGGAAUAUAUUUAUUCAACUGUGUUUAGCUCUUCGGUAUUUGCACAAAGAGAAGAGAAUUGUUCAUCGAGACCUCACUCCAAAUAAUAUCAUGCUGGGAGAUGAGGAUAAAGUAACCAUCACUGACUUUGGUCUUGCAAAGCAAAAACAGGAAAACAGCAAGCUUACCUCAGUUGUUGGAACUAUUCUGUACUCCUGCCCUGAAGUUGUGAAGAGUGAGCCAUAUGGCGAGAAGGCUGAUGUCUGGGCUGCAGGAUGUGUACUUUAUCAGAUGGCAACCCUCAGUCCUCCGUUUUACAGCACCAACAUGCUCUCCUUAGCAACUAAAAUAGUAGAAUCUGCAUAUGAGCCAGUUCCAGAUGGUGCCUAUUCUGAAAAAGUAUCAGCAAUCAUUAAAAGAUGCUUGACUCCUGAUGCAGAGAGUCGUCCUGACAUAAUAGAGGUCAGUUCAAUGAUAUCAGAUGUUAUGAUGAAGUAUUUAGAUGGUUUAGCAACCUCUCAGCUUGUCUUGGAGAGGAAACUGGAACGCGAGAGGAGGCGUACCCAGAGAUAUUUCAUGGAGGCCAACAGGAAUGCAAUGACAUGUCACCACCAGCUUACUGUAUUAUCUCAGGAGCAUUAUGAGAAGUCAAGCCUCAGCAGCAGUAGUAGUGGAGCAGCCAGUUUAAAAAGUGAAUUUUCUGAAAACACAGAUCUUUUGGCUGAAAACUUUCAUCAGUCUUCUGGAAAAGAUGAAGAGAAACCUUGUGAUGAAAACUUGUCAGAUGAUAACUUCACUUUAGAAAACUUAGAAAAAGAUGUCUUCUCGGAGUUAGAUGAUGAACUGGACAUAUUAGAUAAUUCCAGCAAUUCUAGUUCAAGCCCUCUUAAAGAAUCAGCAUUUGGUAUUAUAAAAAGAAGCUUUAGUGCUUCCGAAAGACAUACUCACACAAAAGAUUAUAUUGGUAUCCCAGGAUCCAGACCAAGACCAGCAUCUGCAGGGAUUGCUGUGUCACAACGGAAGGUGCGUCAGAUCAGUGAUCCCAUUCAACAGAUUCUAAUUCAGCUGCACAAGGUUAUCUACAUCACUCAGCUUCCACCAACUUUGCACUGCAACUUGAAAAGAAGAGUCAUUGAGAGAUUCAAGAAAUCCCUAUUCAGUCAGCAGAGCAACCCAUGCAACUUGAAGUCUGAAAUUAAAAAGCUUCUCCAAGGUUCUCCAGAGCUGAUUGAGCCCAACUUUUUGACAGCAGAUUGCCAAUUGUUAUUGCACUCUUCAGGAGGAAGUACUUUGGUCCUAGAUGACAGACCAGGUCUUCCAAGCACUUUUGAUGUGGAUGAAGGAAUGACAUACGAACAAAUGCAGACUGUGAUUGAAGAGGUUCUGGAGGAAUGUGGAUAUUACAAUUUCACCUCAAAUAGGUAUCAAUACUAUCCAUGGGGAACAAGGAAUCAUCCAGCCAGAAGAUGAGCAGCUGGAAUUCUGACAAGAUUGGCAUGUUUUCUAGUGAGGUCUAAAUGCCUUGACUUCAGCUGUUUUUGUCUUUUGCCAAAGGAUGCCCUUUGCUUAAAACAUUCAAAUGUAGGGUAGUUUGGAAAGAGUCAUUCAGGCAGCAUAACUGUAGUAUACAACUUUUUCGGUAGGUGUUUGCAGUACAUUUUCCCUCUGGCAAGAUGCUUACAUUCUGUGCAAAAUACAGACAUUAUUCCAGGUGCCUGUAUUAUGACAAAGCAAUACUAUAUUGAAUUCUUGUUUUUAUAUAAUUUUUGAAUGGACUGAUGAAUACUCAGGAAUGUUGGAAAUAUAUCUUAAGUUUUAUAGAUUUGUUUAUAUCAGAGAUUUAUCUUUUAUAAUAAGAGUAUCUUUUGUAUGGAGAGAAAAUCAGAAAGUUGGAAAUUGUCUGGAAUUCAUUUGAAGAGCAGACUAUUUCAAAGUAGUUACCAUCUCAUGCUAGCCUUUUGGGUAUUUGCAAUUUCUGCUGCAGGUGUGAUAUAUUAGACAGUAUUUAUAACUUGCACACCUUCUAAUAAUUGUUAAGUUUCAGAAUUAAAGCUUAGGGCAUUGUUGAUUCUAUAAAUAGAUAAAGGGUGGUGUCUAUAAUAUGCAUAUAAGAAACUUCUACACACACAAUACAUAUACACAACAACAAAAUAAAUAGAUCAAUUAAUUUCUUAUUCCUAGUCAGAUUUGUAGUACAUAACACAUUUUGGAAAACUAUACAUGCUUCUGGAAAGUACAUAUAAAAUAAGAAUGUACACUUCGUUGUUGCUAAGACUUUUCUCUUAUUUAUGCCAUCUUUUUAAAGAUUUCAGUUGCAGUAUAUAUUAUUAUACUCUAGAACGGGGUAGGCAAUGUGGUACUCUCCAAAUAUUGUUGGACUACAACUUCCAUCAUCCCUAAUCAUUGGCAGUGCUGGCUGGGGCCAAUGAGAGUUGUAGUACAACGUCUGGAUGGCACAAAAUUGGCUACCCCUGCUCUAGAAUAACCCAUUUAGGUAACUGGAAUAGAUUUUGUAGCGUAUCUCCAAAUUUCAUUUUUUUUUCAAAAAUAGCUUAGUUAUUUAAUUAUUUUGGUAUGUAAUGUCAUGUUUCUGAGGUAGGAUGCGCAUUGUACAUCUAAUCUAUUAGGCAACAUACUAAUAUUUCAUUGUGUGACUUAACAGUUCAAGCACAAACAGCAAAUUCAGGUAAAAAAGACAUGUUCAGCUUGUCUAUUCUAACCCACCUUAGUCUGAUAUCAUCAACAUGAUUGGCUUUGGAACCAGCCAAAUAGGACCACUUGAAAUCUAGACAAUGGCACUGCCAGAGCACCGUGCAGCAAAAAUGUGUAUGUGAGUUAUUUGAUAGCUGCUUGACACUUUGCAAGGG